AUGAAGGUGUUGUUGAAUGGAGAAGACACUGUUGCGAUCCGCUUGGACACGGCAUCAUACAAGCAUUACCUGGAUGAGAUUGAACACAACUGGCAUGACGACCUACACAUGGGCUGCUGCGUUGUGCAAAAGGACGACGGGACUCAGGGACCGACAGCCAUGGCCAUCACCUCUUCGAGCGUGUAUAGGGGAGAUGUAGAGAGGCUGACAGAGUUGAAUUGGUGCAGAACAAAGAACCACAGGGAGAUGGAACAGCAAUGGUGUUUGGACUAUUGGUGAGGGCGAGGGAAUGUUGUGGCAGUGGUGUAGGAUGUGUUGCGCUUGUUAGAAUGCUUCUGCAGUCGCUUUGAUGAUGGCGUGUUGUUGGUUAUUGCUGGCUGGUGGGUUCUGCAAUAGAAACACACUCUCUUUGUACACAGAUGUUGGGUUUCUUGUCACGUAGCUUGACUCUCACAAGAAUCCCAUCAUGUUGUUACAAGUCCAGGACAUUGGACCGAGAGCACAUAGAAAGUUGGUAGACACCUUUGACCUUAAGGCAUGGGGCGACAGCUGCAGAACAGGGGGUGGUGCGGAUGGUGGUGGAGAUGGUGGUGGAGAUGGAGAUGGUGGUGCAGAUGGUGGAAGACCGUCGUACAACCUGA